AUGGCUUCUACUACUUUCGUGGACGGCAAGCCGACCAACAUCGAGACUCGUCUCUUUAUCAAUGGAGAGUUCGUCGAGUCGUCGGAUAAGAAGACCUUUAGUAUUUACACUCCCUCAACUCAUGAGCUGGUCGCAGAAGUCUACGAGGCCACUGUCGAGGACACCAACAGAGCAGUAGCUAUCGCCAAAGAAGUGCAGCCAGCAUGGGCCGCAUUGUCCCCAGCUCAACGUGCUGCACCCCUGAAGAAGCUGGCCGCCCUCCUGCGUCAGAACAAGGAUGAGUUUGCUUAUCUCGAGGCUGUUUCUAUGGGCCGACCCGUUGGUGGCUACAUCGAUAACAUCAUUGCUGCUAACAAGUUCGAAUCUUUCGCUGAAGCUGGAUAUACUGGCAAGGGUGUCUCAAGCUUGAAUACCCCCGGGUUUGUGAACAUGACACUCCGUCAGCCCUUUGGUGUGGUAGCGGCAAUCAUUCCCUGGAAUGUGCCCCUGGUCACUCUUGCUGGCAAGGUUGCUCCUGCUCUUAUUACCGGAAACACUGUUGUUCUCAAGAGCAGUGAAAAGGCCCCUUUGACCUCUCUCAAACUUGCUCAGCUCUCGAUCGAAGCCGGCUUCCCUCCCGGAGUACUCAAUAUCAUUUCCGGACACGGCCAAAUCAGUGGUGCAACCCUAUCGGCACACAUGGAUGUCCGCGCAAUCUCCUUCACCGGCUCCACCAGAGCUGGUAGCAUGAUUCAGACUGCUGCCGCACAAUCGAACAUGAAGAACGUCAUUUUGGAGCUUGGUGGCAAGUCACCCGCUGUUAUCUUCGAGGAUGCCGAUUUGGAAUCAGCAGCGGCCAAGACUGCCAACAGUAUUCAGUGGAACAGUGGUCAGGUUUGCAUGGCCAACUCACGAAUUUACGUCCAAGACACUAUCGCCGAAAAGUUCCUCAAGCUUUUCAACACCGCCUUCAGUUCGAUUCACCAAGGUGACCCCCUCAACCCUACCACAAACCACGGCCCAAUGGCCGAUAAGAUUCAGUUCGAGGCUGUUCGGAGAUAUAUUGCUUUGGGUAAAGAGUCUGGCACUCUCGCUCUUGGUGGUGGUUCAAAGGACGGAUUCGUGGAGCCUACCAUCUUCACCAACGUCGCACAGGAUGCCAAGAUCAUGCAGGAGGAGAUCUUCGGCCCUGUCGUGAACAUCUGUAUCUUCCACACCGAGGAAGAGGCACUUACCAAGGCCAACGAUACCGAAUACGGUCUCUACGCCGCAGUUUUCACAAAGGAUAUUAACCGGGCCAUGCGAUUCGCCAAGGGACUGGAAGCUGGAACUGUCGGUGUCAACUGCACAUCCCCAGUUACUGGCCACGAUCUCUCCUUCGGAGGAUGGAAGUCCAGUGGAGUAGGCCGAGAGGGUCUACUUGAGAGCAUCAACGCCUUCUUAGAACACAAGUCAGUCCUCAUCCAGAUAGAAUAG